GAGCCGCCGUAGCAGCUGCAGCCGGGGCCGCCGAUGAUCAUGGCUGCUGUGCGAAGAGGCGAAGCGGAGACGGGCAGAGGCAGCUCGGAGGCGGCAAUAGAUGCAGAAGAAAGCGAAGAGGAGAACAUCCUCUACGACUUGCUGGUCAACACCGAGUGGCCGCCGGAGACGGAGGUGCAGCCAAGAGGCAACCGGAAGCAUGGCGCUUCAUUUAUCAUCACUAGAGCAAUUACAGGCCCUGCCUUAUUUUUGCUCCGAUAUUUGUGGUACAGCCCUGCAAAAUUUUCUCUCCCUGUUGGACUUGUCCGCCUGGUCAGUAAACAGAUCAAUUGGCACUUAGUCCUCGCAAGCAAUGGAAAAUUAUUAGCAGCUGUUCAAGACCAGUGCAUAGAAAUAAGGUCUGCGAAGGAUGAGUUUGGAUCUGUCAUUGGGAAAUGUCAAGUCCCGAAGGAUCCCAACCCACAAUGGAGACGUGUAGCGUGGAGUCACGACUGCACUUUGCUCGCCUACGGCGAAAGCACAGGGACCGUGCGAGUGUUUGAUUUGGUCGGCAGUGAACUCUUGGUCAUUUCACCGGGUGCUAGCUUCCCGGGAGACAUGACCUAUGCUAUUGCUGGAUUGAUUUUUCUGGAAUACAAAGCGAGCGCCCAAUGGUCAGCCGAGCUGCUGGUCAUCAAUUACCGGGGCGAACUGAAGAGCUACCUUGUCAGUGUUGGAACGAAUCAGAGCUUCCAAGAAAGCCACAGUUUCAGCUUCAGCAGCCAUUAUGUCCAUGGAAUAACUGCUGUAAUUUAUCAUCCUGCACACCGGCUUUUGAUCGUUGGUGGCUGCGAAAUGGAUGGCGAGGGAUCCGGCGCAUCCAAAGCAAGUAGCUGUGGUCUGUCGGCAUGGAGAGUUCUUUCGGGAUCCCCCUAUUACAAGCUGGUUACGAGUUACGAAGAUGAUAUCGGGACCGCCAAGAGAAGGUCAUUGUUCAAGAUUAGGUCUCUCAACUUUUACAGUAGACAAGGAAGAGAACAGGAUGGUGUUUUCAAGAUGAGCCUUUCUCCAGAUGGGACUCGCCUAGCAGCUAUUCACUUUAGUGGAAAAUUGACUAUCUGGGGAAUCCCUUCUCUAAGACAGCAAGGAGAAUGGGAGCAGAGCGACCAGCCGGGCUAUGAUGAAAUCAAACCAGAAUGGCGACUCUCUCUUGAGAAACGGAAGAAAAUCAAAGACAAGGAAUCUUUUUACCCAAUGAUAGACAUCAACUGGUGGUCAGAGAAUGCGGUCAUCCUGGCUCGCUGUUCGGGUGCUUUGACAGUGUCAUCAGUGAAGACCUUGAAAAAUCUGUUGGGCAAAUCCUGUGAAUGGUUUGAAAGUUCCCCUCAUGUCACCUCUGCUCAUGAUGGUGGAUUUCUAAGUUUGGAGUGCGAGGUGAAGCUGGCUCCAAAGAGAUCGCGCUUGGAUAGCAGGCCCGGUGAUGAAGACGAAGGAGAAGAUGACUCCGAUUCGGACGACGAAACUUCUGCCAAGGCCCGGUAUUUUGGCUACCUUAAGCAAGGCUUGUACUUUGUGACCGAAAUGGAGCGCUUUGCUCCUCCGCGGAAACGUCCGCGCACUAUCAUAAAGAAUUACCGCCUCGUAAACCUGAGGUCUACGACUCCUGAGGAGCUGUACCAAAGAAAGAUUGAUAAUGAAGAAUACGGAGAAGCUUUGUCUCUGGCUCAAACAUAUGACCUUGAUUCUGACCUUGUUUAUCAGAGGCAGUGGAGGAAAUCGGCUGUUAGCAUUGCUUCUAUUCAGGAUUAUCUGAGCAAAAUCAAUAAGCGUUCUUGGGUCCUUCAUGAGUGCUUGGAAAGAGUUCCUGAGAAUGUGGAUGCUGCUAAAGAGUUGUUGCAAUACGGCUUAAAAGGAACAGACCUGGAGGCGCUCAUAGCCAUUGGGAAAGGAGAAGAUGGCGGCAGGUUUAUCUUGCCAGGUGAUGUGGACAUUGAUGAACUGCUUUUUGAAGAGUUUUUAACUCCAGAGGAAGAAGCAGAGAGUAGGAAGGAGCGAGAAGUCAUGAAGCGUCAAGAACUUCUUCAAUCAGUAAACUUCUCCAAGUUAACAUUAGAACAAAAAGAACUUUGCCGGAGCAGAUUGAAACUGCUAACGUAUUUGGAUCGGCUAGCAACAUAUGAGGAAAUUCUUGGUGGGCAACACGUUGCCGAACAGAGAUAUGAUGCAGAGUUCUUCAAGAAGUUCCGGAAUCAGAAUAUUGUUCUUUCAGCAAGAACAUAUGCUCGGGAAAGCAAUGUAAGAGCCCUGGAGAUUUUGUUCACAUACCAUGGGUCAGACCUCCUUCCGCAUCGGCUGGCAAUUCUCUCUAAUUUUCCAGAGACCACCUCUCCACAUGAAUAUUCCUUUUUGCUACCUGAAGCUUGCCGCAGAGAUGGAGCACUGAAAAUUCUUCCCUGGAAUGAACAGAAGCACAGGGAGGAAGACUGGUGCGAGAGGGCACCGUGCAAGCUGACAGUUGAACCAGCUCUUCAAGAUGAAGGCGGAUUUUUAUAUGAGUCUCAACCUGAGUUGCUGAAGUACAGAACCACUGAGCUUUCCAUAAAACUGGUCACGGACUGGUAUUGGAAACGAGCAGAAGAGAUAGAAAACUACUCUAUGCAGGUGGAUUGUGCUUUGUCUCUGGUUCGACUGGGCAUGGAGAGGAAUAUUCCUGGUCUGCACUCACUUUGUGACAAUCUGGUUACACUGGAGACGUUGGUUUAUGAGACUGGAUGUGACAUCACUCUGAACUUGAAAGAGCUGCAGCAGAUGAAGGAUAUUGAGAAACUAAGACUCUUGAUGUCAAAUUCAUCGGGAGAAAGGUAUGUGAAGAAUGCCUAUCAAUGGAUGGUCCCAUUUCUACACCGCUGCGAAAAUGAAUCUCCAGGCAUCGCUAAUGAGCUUUUGAAAGAGUAUUUGGUAACACUGGCGAAAGAAGACCUGACGUUUCCUCUGAAAAUCUUUGAACAUUCAAAGCCAGCGUGUCAGCAAAAAAUAAUUUCGGAUCAAGACUUGUUGAUGACAAUUGCGUUAGACUGCAUCUACAGCUGCCAACGUGAUGACCAGCUUUCUCAUUGCUAUGAUAUCUUAGAAUGUCUCCCCCAGAGAGGUUAUGGUCCUGAAACAGACAUUACAAAUAACCUUCACGACAAAGUUGAUGAAUUGGAACAAAUUCUUAGCGUAUCAGAAAUCUUGGAGAAGCAUGGACUCCAAAAGCCUGUAUCCUUUGUAAAAGACACACAGGACAGCCCAGAAGAAGCACGGAAGCUGAUGAUUCGAUUGACCAGGCACACAGGCCGCAAGCAGCCCCCUGUUAAUGAGACACACUGGAUGGGAUUGUUGCAAGAUAUCCUGGAAAUGCAGCAGAAUGUCUACACAUGCAUACAACCGGACACUUGCUAUGAGAUCUUUACAGAAAGUCUUCUGUGUUCAAGUCGACUGGAGAACAUCCAUUUAGCUGGGCAAAUGAUGCACUGCAGUGUUUGGUCAAUAGAUCCCCCUGUCAGUGUUGCUUCUAAAGGAAAACCACAGUACAGAGUUUGCUAUGAGAAAAGCAUUGAAUUGGUUUUGGCUGCUAGCAGAGAAUACUUCAAUUCUUCAACCAGUCUAACUGAUACAUGCAUGGAUCUGGCCAGAUCCUGCUUACAGCUUAUUACAGACUGCCCACCUGUUGUCCAAGAGGAGUUGGAUCUUAUCCGUGCUCUUAGCUACCUUGAAGAAUUUGGUGUGAAAAUCUUGCCAUUACAAGUGCGCCUGUGCUCUGAUCGACUCAGCCUUAUCAAGGAAUGUCUCCUGCAGCUGCCAACAAGCUACAAGCAAUCUGCCAAGCUCCUGGGACUUGCAAAUUUGCUGAAGGUUGCAGGUGAUGACCAGAUGGAGAGAAAAGGACAAGUUUUGAUUCUGUUAGUCGAACAAGCUCUUCAAUUUCAGGAUUACAAAGCAGCAAAUAUGCAUUGCCAGGAGCUUAUGGCUUCAGGGUACUCUAACAGCUGGGAGGUUUGCAGCCAGUUAGGACAAGCCGAAGGCUACCAAGACAUGGCCGUCCGACAGGAGCUCAUAGCCUAUGCUUUGACACAUUGUCCCCCAAGUGCCAUUGAACCGCUUCUGGCAGCGAGCAGUGCUCUGCAAACUGAGAUUCUUUAUCACACAGUCAACUACCAGAUCCGGCCUCCAGAAAAAUGGGAAAACAUAAAUACCUCCAGACCUCCAAGUGGAAUGAAAACAGAGUCUUCUGUAGAGGUUGGCACCAGCAUUUCCUCUGGUCAGUCUGCUGACCUACUGCAGUGGACCACAGCUAAAACCAUGAAAGUCCUUUCUAAUACAACUCUGACCACAAAAGCUAUGCUGCAUGCCGUCAGUGAUCGACAGUGGUGGAAGAAGUCACUGACCUAUCUUCGGCCAUUACAUGGUCAAGAGUUUGGAGAUGCAUUAAAAGGCAGUACUGGAGCAAAUAAAGCAGUAGAAAAGCAAGGCUGCCAUCCAUUUUAUGAAUCUCUGAUAGAUGAUCCAUACCUUGCAGAUAAUGAAGUUACUUAUACCACGUAUCAGCACAAUCCUUUGGAAAGUUUUGCAGAAGUAUUGCUAAGAACUGGGAAGCUUGCGGAGACUAAAAGUGAAGGGCAUUAUCUCUUUCCUGCCACAGAAGUGCUGUUGCAGCUGGCCAGCGAAGCUUUGCCAAAUGACAUGACCCUAUCCCUUGCAUACUUACUUGCAUUACCUCAGGUGGUGGAUGCCAACAAGUGCUUUGAAAAGCAAUCUCCUUCUGCUUUAUCUCUCCAGCUGGCAAGUUAUUACUACAGCCUGCAGAUCUACGCUCAUUUGGCACCAUGUUUCAGGGACAAGUGCCAUCCCCUCUACAGGGCUGACCCCAGAGAAUUAAUUCAGAUGGUCACGGAACACGUUACCCAGCGCAGCCGUGCAGACUGGCCCGAGGAAAUAGCCACUCUGAUUAAACACCUGCAGUAUUACAACGAGCGGCUCUUGGACUUCACUCAGGCUCAGAUUCUUCAAGGCCUCGGCAAAGGGGUGGAUGUGCAGAGGUUUACAGCAGAUGGUCAGUACAAGAGGGAGACCAUUUUAGGUCUGGCUGAAACCCUUGAAGAAAAUGUGUAUAGGAUAGCUCUUUCCUUGGCACAACGGUACAAUGUCCCGCUCUGGGAAGUUUACAUGACACAUCUGGAAUUCCUUUUCAGUGACAGCGGUUUAUCCACAACUGCUAUAGAAGAACGAGCCCAAAGUCUUGGCCUGUUUGAGACUUUGAACACAAUUCCUGAAGCCUUUCAUGAACAUAUGGCCAAAUAUGUAUACCCGACUAUUGAAGGCAGAGAUCAUCAACGUUUGCUGUAUUAUUUCACACUCCUUGAAAAUUGUGCCUGUCCUGAACAUGGGAAAUUAGCUAUCAAGCCCGAAACGCACAUACGCCUGCUGAAAAAAUUCAAGGCAGUUGCACCAGGUCUCAAUUACAAAAAGCUUACGGAAGACAAUGUGAGUCCCCUGGAAGCUUUGGAUCCUGUCCUCACAAGUCAAAACAUUUUAUCCAUUUCCAAGCUUGCUCCUAAAAUCCCAGAAAAAGAUGGAAGGAUGCUUUCCGCAAGCUCUGUCUAUGCCAUCUGGAUCAAAAAACUCUUCUGGGAUGGGGACCCCCAUCUUAUUAAAAGAGCUCCAGAAACCAUGGCUGAAUGGUUGCAUUCAUAUGAUAUCUGUGCCAAGUACUUUGAUAGACUCCACCCAGGAGAUAUUAUCAAUUUCAUAGAUGAAAUUACUUUUUCCUCAAAGGCUGUCACCAAGCUGUCGGUUGAUUCCCGGGUAGAGAUGACGAGGAAGGCUAUUAAGUCAGUGAAACACAUCGCCGAAAAGGCUGGGAAAAGGUCCUCUGAGGGAGACCAUGCAGAAGACAUGCCUGGCAGGCAAAUCACUUAUGAAGAUGCUUUGAGUCACCUACAGCAAUCUCUCGCACACCUGGAAACACUUAGCCAUAGCUUUAUUUCUUCCCUUAAAAACAGUGACCAGGAUAUACUAAGAGAAUAUGGGCACCAGUAUGAUUUAUCCCGGUCAGAAAAAGAGAAAAUCAAUGAGCAAGCUGUAACUAUGUGUAUAGAUGGUCAGCCCCUGGAUAUGAUACAGAAACUAUUGGAUGUUGCUGUUGGAGAUCUGGGACUCUCGCCUAGCGAUAUAGUAAGGACAGCGGUAAAUAAAGUGGUGGGUGCUUUAAGUGAAAGCGGUGGCCAGUCUCCUUUCAAAAAAGAUCCUUUCCAGAUAUUAGAAAGUAUUGUGUCUGCGGUCCACGCAAGUGCUGAAAACGGUGAGAACCUAGUGUCUUCAGAUGAUCUCUUGGCUUGGCUUAGACCAUUUUGUGGAGAUGAUUCUUUGCCCGUGAAGCCCCGCAUUAAAGUCCUGCAGAUUUUGGAGCAAGCCUUUCACCUUAGUGACGAAGACAGCAAGCUGCUCGUGCUCUUCAGAACUCAAGCUGUUCUCAAGGCCUGUUGGCCCCAGACACAGGUGGAAAUAACUGAUAUUGAAAAUGAAGAAAAGAGGUACAGCCUUUUCCUCAAACUUUUGGGAUCUAGUAAGGAUCAUGGAGAAUUCCAGCAUUUAGUCAUGCUCCUGCAAGCCUGGCCACCUAUGAAAAAUGCAAAUGUAGCGUGCCCUAGUAAUAACCCUUGGGUAAAACUGGGAACCAUGAUGCUUACGACAAGCCCGCAGGACCAGAAAGAGAAUGCAGGGAAUGAAAUUUUGAAAAUCUGCCGCUCUUUAUAUGAGACAAAGCACGUGCUCUCCACAGAGUGCAUAAAAGAUCUCUGUUUGCUGCUCCUCGACCAGUCCCUUCUGCUGCCGUCCCUGAAGCUGCUUCUGGAAAGCAGAGAUCAAGAUCUUCACUCUGUGGCACUGGAGCAGAUAACGGCUAUUGCUAAGGCUGAUGCUUCCAACUGUGACUCCGAACUGCUUUCCUUGCUCCUGGAUGAGAACUUGGUCGCAGACUGCAUCUCCACUGUCCUUUAUCCUCACCUGAUUAAUCACUUGCUGGCCAAGCAAGAGGAAGGACGCUGGGAUAUAGAAGAAAUAGCAAAGCAGCUGCAAGGAGCAGGUUUUGUUGCAGAGGCGGGUUGCCUCCUGAUGGCAUAUAAAGGAACACAUCCUGCACUCCGGACCUUUGGAGCGGCCCUUGAAGCUGUUCGGCGCUGGAUUUAAAUGGCUAGGCCUUUAAAGUUAUACUUGGUGCCUGAACUACAUACUGCUUUUCAGGUGGAAAGAUGUUUCCAAAGAGACAUCGCUUGAAAGGCUAUCCUUCAAAAUAAUCAUUGCUCCUUUGCAUUGCAUAAAAUCCUGACAAUGUGCAUACUUCCUUGCAGUGUUACCCGUCCUAUCCCUAGCUCUUUUCCUAAGUUAUAGCCUACAUCAGCAGGUUGGAGUGUAUUCAGUGCAACCCAAGAAUUAUAUUUGGGUAAAGAAACGUUUUCCAAUUCGUGCCACAAUGGACAGCAACGAUGCUCCACACCUUCACCUCCAGUAUAAACAUAUAGAUAUAAAUUAAAGCAGUUGAAUAGGACUAAUCCCCUCACUUCAAAGGGAGCAGAAUGUUCAGGGCAUCUUAAGAGUUUGCACUUUAAGCUGUUUGGAAGUUAAUUUCUAAAUUUAAUUGCAAUGCAUUGUGUUAAUUAAAGGCUUUCUUUUCAACCAA